UGGCGGAUGUGGCGAACAGCGUUUUUAGAGUUUAAAAAGUAUAGACUAAAAAUUAUUAUUUUAAAUUAAAUUUCUACAGCAAUCUUCUACUUUUAUGAAGUGAAAUCGAUAUAUUUAGGUUCCUUAGACCAAAUACUUUAAGAAAUAAACACUUAUUUAAUACAAUUCGACAUGAGUCAACUAGCCUAUUAGUAGUAUUACUAGCAAACCAGUAACCCAAAUGUUCACCAAAAAAAAAAUGUAUUUAAUUAAUUGAGAACUUCGGAGAUUUUGUGUGGUUUUGUUUGAAAUAGAAAUCACGUGUUUUCUCGAAAACCGGAAGUGCUACGUUACUCAAAUCCGGUUUGUAGUCUUAUCAGACUAUUCUUAACUUAUAACUUAAACAUUCUCUUUAUCUAUCUCUUACGGUUUGGCCGCUGAAACAGCACCACGGACGGACGGACUUGUCUAUUAGAUAAGAGAUAAUGUCAUUAUUCGAAUAACGACUACUAAUUAGUAAUACUAAUGGAUAAUGUCUCUGCGUGUGACGCGCGCCGCCAUAUAAGCUUCUUGGCGCCUCUCGAUACCUUGGACUCCAGUCGAAUGAUAUAGAGCGCAGUCGACUUACACGAAUGAUUAGUAUUAGUAUUAUUCGAAGGCGCGCAUCGCUACUGUUUUGUUAUGACUUUUGCAUUUUCGUGAUUGCUUGCUCCUCUUUGUUUUGUUUUAAAUUUUAUUGUAUAUUAAUAAUCCACAAUACAUACAUCGCAAUACGAGUAAACUCCAAAAAAUGUUUUGAAAGUUUUCUCAUAAAAAGUAUAAAAAAACCUUAGCAGUAAUGAGUCGAUGCGACUUCAAAAUUGUUUUGCUAGGCAGUGAACAUGUUGGAAAGACGAGUUUGGUGAUACGUUUUGUGAACAGCUCUUUUAAUUCAGCGACGCCGUAUCAGAAUACGAUAGGUGCAGCAUUUUGUGCAAAAACAAUGCACUCGAACGGUAAAGACUUCAAUAUUGGUAUAUGGGACACAGCUGGUAGUGAACGCUACGAAGCUAUGACGCGUAUGUACUAUAGAGGGGCGCACGCAGCCGUCAUUUGCUACGAGCCUUCCUGCUCCGAGUCUUGGGCGCGACUGAGGCAUUGGCUGCAGGAAUUGAGGACUGUGGAGGAGGAAUGCAAAGUAUACCUUUGUGGUACUAAGAAAGAUUUGUUAGACUCUGGUGCAGUGAAGAGAGAGGUGCCCGAAGACUUAGUUGCCACUUAUUCCCAGGGGCUUAGAGGUCAUUUUCUAACGUCCAGCAAAACGGGCGAGAAUGUUGAAGAGCUAUUUCAGAAAAUCGUUGACGAUUGCGCGGCAGACAUUAAUCUCAUGAGGAACGUGGAAGAAAUGAGAGUGCAAUUAUUAAAAGAGGAAGCAGCUUACAAAGCGAAGAACAAGGAGCAUUGCAGCUGUUGAUGUACAUUAAAAAAACUAGAUGGCGCUGUUCUUAUUUACUGAGUAGUUCUCGCGUUGGCCGAUAGGUGGCGUU